UCAAGACCACACAGCAAAAAAACAACUGAAUAUAGCCUUUCACGUCGUGUAGAUUAAUGCAUGUCGUUCGGUAUAAAUGAGGGAGGGUGGAAAGCGCGCACUCGAUCGGCUGAUCAGUAGCUCCAUCUGCACGCAGCGCGAGAAGCUGCAGUCUGAGAUCACCUCACUGAUAUUAUCCCGCUCUAACUGAAAACACCAAAGGAAUUCGAAUGUCGCGUUCCAAAAAUUCGUUCCCGUGACUUCAAAUAGAGCUCUUUGAAGUUUGGAAUGCGUCGUUCGAUUUUUAAAUCUUAUUUUUGAAUAUCUUCCGGAGAACUAACGGUCAUUUGUUAUCCGGGGAGAACUGCCGGUGUCCUGACGCACAGACGGACACGCGCGCGAGCUUAUCAGGAGGUGUCAAAUAAUACUGUCGUGUAUUCCAACUCGGAUUUCGCACUCGCUCGCACACUUUUGAGGUAAUAUUAUGGUGGUCGAUGGAAGUAUGUGAAGCUGUCAUAUUCCAGGAAUGGAUCUCCAGAGGUGUCCCAUAACUACAGGUUUCACAUUAAACUGCAGACCGCUGUCUCUUCACAAGGCCUUUCCUGGUGAAUAAACACCGCCAAAAUGGACACAUGGACGUUUAUGCCCAAUUCCAACCUGUCCCUCCCUGACCGCCUGGUCAAUGACAGUUUUUUCCCCGGGAACGAGUCUGACUUUGGUCUGGAGUUUUACCCUCCCAAUGGCACUCACCCUGGCUUUGACCACACCAGUUCGGUGGUCAUCACAUUUGUGUACUUUGUAGUCUGCGCAGUGGGACUAUGCGGGAACGCGCUGGUGAUUUACGUCAUCCUACGCUACGCCAAAAUGAAGACGGUCACGAAUAUCUACAUCUUAAACCUGGCCGUGGCGGAUGUGCUGUGCAUGCUGAGCUUGCCAUUCAUUGCCAUACAGCUCUCGCUUCUCCAUUGGCCGUUUGGAUCUGCUAUCUGCCGCGUCGUGCUAACCGUGGAUUCAAUGAACCAGUUCACCAGUAUCUUCUUUCUGACGGUCAUGAGCUUUGAUCGAUACCUUGCUGUAGUGCAUCCGAUCAAAUCCACCAAAUGGCGAAAGCCACGAAUGGCCAAAACUAUUAGUUUAGGCAUGUGGAGUGUAGCUCUGCUGGUCAACCUACCGAUUAUGAUCUACAGCGGGGUGAAUGCCAAAAAAAAUGAAGCCAGGACGUGCACCAUGUUGUGGCCGGAGCCACAAAACACCUAUUACACCGCUUUCAUAUUCUACACAUUCUUCCUAGGGUUUUUCCUGCCGCUGAUAGUCAUUUCAAUGUGCUACCUGCUUAUUGUGAUUAAAGUGAAGUCCUCCGGCAUGCGAGUGGGAUCCACUAAAAGAAAGCGAUCCGAGCGGAAGGUCACCAGGAUGGUGUCUAUUGUCGUGGUGGUGUUUGUGCUUUGCUGGCUACCUUUUUACGUCUUCAACGUGACGUCUGUGACUGGAACCGUUCCUACAACGCCUGUGCUCAAGAGCACAUUUGACUUCGUGGUGGUUUUGGGUUACGCCAACAGUUGCGCCAAUCCCAUCCUCUACGCAUUCCUGUCGGACAACUUUAAGAAGAGUUUCCAGAAUGUGUUGUGCCUGAAAAGAGUCGGGGGAUUGGAUGAGAUCGACCGAAGCGACAGCCGACAGGACAGGACACGAAUGGUCAACGAUAUCAUGACGGAAACGCAUAACGCCGCGCUGCUCAAUGGAGAUCUGCAGACGACUAUCUGAGGAGAUUCUGUCUUAGACAUUAACAAAUGACCUGUCAGAAACUCUUAUCUGCAGGUGAGAUUUAUUGUAUUUAAAGUAAAUGUUUAUUUGCGAUGGCCACCCAAACCACAUGAGCAAUUCCAUGCAAAUGUCAUCCCUGUGGUGUGAAUUUGAAGAAGAGAUAACCAGAGAGAUCUUCAGGUAUCUUCAAGGCAGAAUGCUUUUAAUGGGAGCUCGCUAUAGCUGUGGCAUUCAUUGAAAAUUCUCUCUAUUACUGUAGCAUGCACUCAGUUUAAUACACAAUUUAGUGGGCAGUGCUUAUUAGUAGAAAUAGAGCUGCACAAUUAAUCGUAAAAAGAUCGCGAUCUCUAUUCGACCCCCUAGACCACAGGUGUCAAACUCAGUUCCUGGAGGGCCACAGCUCUGCACAAUUUAGUUCCAACCCUAA